AUGUUGGAUGAAAAUAAUAAGAGCACAGAGGAUCGACCGAGCAAUCGCUCCCAUUUAGUGAAAGCGAAAAUCGCUAACUACGUGAAAGAAGUUGAGGACUCAAGGAAGAGAAAGAGUCAAGCGCUCAGCUGUAAAAAGGUUAGCUGACAAAAAUAUAUAUAUAUUCAAGUCUAAAAUACCCAUAUAGUACGUUUACUAUAUAUAGUACUAAGUCAAAUUUCAUAAGCUUAAGGGAAAAGUGAAUAAGAGAAGAUAAUUUUAACAGAAUUUUUCCUAUUGAAACUGACAUAUUUUUUCUAAUCAAUACCAACAGAUGGCGCUAAUAUUUACUGUUUAAAAUUUGAUUAAAACAAGUUUAGAGCAAAGUUACUUUCAGGAUUAUAAGGAUGGAAUCGUAUUAAAGUCCGCUGUAAAUACCGUUUGAUCAGCGCUAAGAUUUCGUGAACGUAAGCUUAAUUUUUUCAAGUUGAAGCUUAAGUUUAGAAAAGGAAAAAGGAUUCUUUUAAAAAAACCGGAAAGCUUACCAAGUUUCGGUCAUCAGGUCUUUUGGGGUUCAUAUUUUCAGUCAGGAUGUGGAAAAAUAUGUCCAAAAGACACACACUCUUUUUCUGGUUUCAACACCAAAAAGAAAACAAGAAAGGCACAUUUUUAAAAAUGGCGGACCAACACCUGACAUAACACUCGACACGUCAAUCAAUUAUGUUCUCCCCAGGCCCUUGUCUACGGUUAGCGGGACUGAUAUUCAGAGAAGACGUGUUUUUUAUUUUUUAUUUUAAUCUUAUUAGGAAAUGAAUAGUAUUAACAAAAGCAGCAAGGACCAAGCUGACCUUUUCCCGAUAUCGAUGUCGAAUUCGCCGAAUUCUUCCAUCCAAGAACAAGAAGAGGUCAAACCGGAAAUUAUAGUAAACAGCAGCUUGGAAGGUAUUAACUCAAAAAUGAAAGGGGGUCGUGAUCGAAAAGACUACGUUUACAGGCGUUGGACCUCACACCUUUCCGGGAUUCUGACCAACUCACCGUAAUACAGCGAUAUUUUCUCAGACAAUUUGUAUCAUAAAAUUUCGGGAGGGGAGGAAUCUGCAAAAGACGAGCAUCCCACUCAACAGUAAUAUCAAGCGGUUUAUAACAACCGAAAUCGACUUUAUCUCUGGUCCAGUGGGUCUCUUUUGUAGGAGUGUUUAAUAUAAAAAUAGCGCUAUCCAUGAAAUAAAUAAAAUAAAUAAAUAAACGAAUAAAUAAUUGCUUCUCUGGUAUAAAAGUUUUUGCAUUACUUAGCUGUAGAUUCUCGUAUCUAAUUUUUGUAAUCUGCAGAUAAUCUUGAUCAGUACCAUAUGGAAUAUGAGCUCGGCGAAGGUGGAUUUGGCCGAGUCAUUGCUGCCACAAGAAAGGCUGAUAAUGUGCCGGUAAGAAAAAGACAAAAAUAGGUGGAUAUGAUAUGUAAAAAACAAAAAAAGAAAAGAAACAAAAGAGGUGAAAAGGUACAAAAUCAUCCAAAUUUCAAGAAAUUCUUAUAUUUGAUUUUUUGUUUAAUUUCAGGUAGCCAUUAAAUUUGUUGAUAAACGCUCCGUUAAGGACCUUAAAGAGGUUAGUCCGAAACAGCAAAAGUAGAACAUAUCAUUAACAAUUAUUCCUCGAGCCCGAAUGGGCGAAUGGGCUCUGAGUCAAUAGCCCAUGAGGCCGAAGGCAGAAUGGGCUAUUGACUAAGAGGCCAUGAGGGCAAGAGGAAUAAUUGUUUUAGUAAAAUCCAACUAAUUGGUAAAAAAUAUCGAGACAAUGCAACUUUAGCAAAACGCGAUUCAGCCGCCGUUGUUUUGGUUUUCGAAGCAGGCGCUUUUCGCUACUUCUGGACCAUAACAUAUAGCCUAGUAGUAGCUCAACCAAUCAGAACGCAGCAUUGAUAACAGACCACUACUUGGAUUUUACUAAUUUCUGUUAUUCAUGUGGUAACAUCACUUUUCAGGCUUGAUUAAAUCUUGUUAACAGAGAAAAAUGGAACAGAAGAGGGAAUCUUAGGACACGUGGCCGGAAUAUGUGAAUUUCACUUAAGUUAUUUUAAGAUGAUGUAAAAAAACGGAAGUCUAAUUCCUGGGACGUCGGCACACGCGACCUCAAAGUAACUCUCUUUUGUGGUCAACACUGAAGGAAAUUUUGUGGAUCCUUCCAGAAACCAACUGCCGAUUAAUUUCAAAAGUUUAAUUAAUCUAAAAAUAACUUAGUUGAAGUUCACAUAUCCCAGGGCCGGCGAGACUGGGCGUUUCCCUCACUAUCCUUAUUCUCUCUUGAUCACGUUCGUCUAUUCCCUGCUAGCAGAGUCGCUUCGAUCUUUCCUUAUCUAGGAAGAUCGAAAGAGACUCUGUUCGCAACCUCGUUUCCAGGGUUCUCUCCUACCCGCCCUACGGAGCUAGAGAAAGAGAGAGAGAUCCAGGGUCUUUCUCUCUCUCUCGCUCCGUAGGGCGGGUAGGAGAGAACCCUGGGAACGAGGUUGACUCUUUUCGUAGGGUAGUUCGUCUAUUUUAUAGCAAAAAUAUAUUUAUACUCAUGAACUCGUUCAAAAUAACCAUAGUGUAAUAAAUGUUUAGAGUCGUUGUAUUUUAAUUUUUCCUUUUAGGUGAAUGGUAAGAAAAUUCCAGCUGAGGUUUAUUGGAUGAUCAAGGUUCAACAUCGUCACGUGAUUAAGAUUUACGAUUUCUUUACAACUGGAAACUAUUACUCUUAUGUCAUGGAAAGGCCUCGAAACUGUCAGGAUUUGGGCAGUCUUUUAUUCGAUAGAACAAUGACAGAGAAAGAAGCUCUGCGGUAUUUCACACAGAUCAUUGAAGCAAACAUCAAAUGCGAAGAAAAUGGAUUUAUUCACCGGGAUCUUAAGCCAGAAAAUAUCCUGGUUGAUUUGGAUGCUGAUGAAGUCAAACUAAUCGACUUUGGUCUGGCGUCUGAGAUACAAUAUGAACCUUAUAAUUUGUUUAGAGGUAUAGGCUAUGUAUUAGUUAGUUAGUCAGUUUUAAUUGUUUGUUUAUUUGUUUUUUAUUUUUUGGUUUGUUUUUUUCAGUAUGUUUCAGUGAAAAAGAAGUAACGUACUUUUAAUAGUAGCUCUUUUUUAAAAAAAACUAAAAGCGUUGAGCAAACCGUUUUUGACUUAAAUAGCUAUUGGUUUAAAUGUUUCAGGUACCAGGGUUUAUAUGGCGCCGGAAUAUUUUAGAUUUGGAUGGUAUGAUGGCUGCCAGGCUACGGUCUGGGCUUUGGGGAUGAUCUUAGUGGACAUGCUCUCUCCAUAUAUGGCGUUCAGUAAGCCCGAACAGGCCUAUAGCAGGCCUCCCAGAAUCCCACAUCAUCUAUCACCAGGUAAUAUUAUGAAUAAAUACGUUUUAUUUACUAAGCUUGUAGAACAAAAUUCUAGGGCUAAUGAUAACCCAAUACGUUGUCCAUAGCAAAUUUCGUUUAUAAGUAAGAGAACUAUACUGCGACAAUAAAAAGGAAAAACAAGGGAAUCCAGUCUGUUACUUAAAAAGUAUCUGGCCUUCAAAUAAGACUUAUGUAUAGCCUUGUUAAAUUUAUCUGCCCCAAAUAUAAAAUGGACACAAAUAGUCUCAACGAAAACGUCCACGUUUGUAAUUAUUUUGAGCUCCCUAUUGCAUAUCGAAAAAACCUAGACUAGCUCAGAAGUUCUGCUACAUUUGAUAUAUUUUAAAGUCUUACUGUUACAUAUCAACUUUUAUUACUUAAUUUCAUUUCAACAGAGGCCAAGAACUUGAUCAGCUCAUUGCUGAAUGUUGUACCAAUGAAUCGACCGACACUGCGACAAAUUUUAAACCAUCCUUGGUUUAAUAUGCAAGGUGGGUAAACAAUACCAAGCUAGUACUGCACACUGCUUUUGACUUGCACGAUUGUGAGGGCUUUGUCUCCUUUCCCCUGGGCGGUGCCUGUAAAAUUUUUUACUCUCUCUAGAAGCGUGAAGCCCGCACAAAGCAUUGCUCGGCGUUCCUGCAAAACAGAAUUCGUUCCAAGAAUAGACAUUGUCGCUUGACGUUUUCAGUUAUGAUUGAUAUCUUUGUAAGGAUAUAAACUUCUCACGAGGCUGUUGUAUUUUUUUUUUUUUAGGUUUAACAGAAAGCGUUUCUUCAAACUUCCUUGCGUAAGUUUGUAUGUUUAACACAUAUCGUGUGCUUAGUUGGUGACUCAGCUGGAUCCCAAGAAAAACCCUUUCGUCAUAACAAAGAAAUCUCUAGCUACUGCGAGCGGCACAAGUAGACUGGGAUGACUGGCUAUCGGCCAAGUAUCCUACAUUCUUACAAGCCCAGUCCAUCAGUUCAACCAAUUUAUGUUGCCUCUAAUUUCCUUACUAUUAGAAGCAGGCUUUUUUCAGCGUUUUUUGUUCUGAAUGCGUGUCGCUUUCCACUAAUUACAAUGAUUUGUUUUCUGAUUUUUAGCAAGGACAAAUACCGUGAUGAAGCAGAUGAACUUUCUUCGGUGACUUUGUGCGGUCGGCGGAGUUGUUCUCUGACAAAACAGGAUGAAACCGACCGAGUUGAAUUGAUUGCCAAACCUUGCUUGCUCGGUAAGUGCCUUUCAUUUCCUUGUUUCGUUCUUACCUCAAGAUGAUGAAAUUCUAGACGAAACAUAAAAAAAGGGCUGGGCUGCUCCCAUCAACGCUGACUAAGUUUAAAAGCACUCUGCGUGCAUCAUGAUCAGCGAAGUCUUCUUCAAAAAAAUUCCGCCAGAACAGAAAACCUUUUUUUUUUCAUUUAUCUCUGUUCGAUACUCAUUUGUGAGCGUGCAACUAUAUAUAAAUGUUAAUUUGAUAAUCAGGUAAUCAGGAGGUUAAUUAUUCGAUCAAUAAUAUACAGUCGUUGAAGUCGAGUAGACAAAAACCUUCAGUUGAUAUUUGCCGAUGUUCAGAAGGUUGACGUUGAUGACAUCACCCAUCUUCAAGCUGUCAAGUUCAGAGAACGUAUCAGAAAGAAAUUUCUCAACAAACAAUCUUACCAGUUCAUCUGCUGUCAUUUUCAAACAAUCUCUCAAACAAAAAAGAGCUAACACUGCUUGUAGUUUUCCUGCCCAAACCUUUCUUUGUUGUUAUUCAGGUUCAUCUGUGUCAGGUUCUAGUUCGACUAAUUGCUCCACAUCCUUCAGUACCAACUCUUCAAGGUCAGUGGAAAGCGAAAUAAUCGCUUCUCCUUAAUUAAUAAAUCGAGCACCAAAUUAAAACAAUUUUUGAAAACAUGAAAACGUGUGUUUUUGAAGUUUUUUAACAAGCAAGUGUACUGACUAUCUGAACUGAAGCUUUAAACACGAUCAUAUUGAUGCCUUUCCGUGUCAAAACCUCAGUCCUAAUCUGAAUCUAAGAAAAAACGCCGACUCGGAGUCUUGUUCCAUUGUUCUUUUGUUUCGUUUCCUGCUUUUUUCCCCUAACCAAUAAUCGAAAAUGAAAAAGGAACGAAAGAACAAACAAACCCCGGCCCCCACCCGUACGUCAGCGUUUAACUGAUACCCGACCAUAAAAUCUCAGCCGAACGCUGAGUAAGAGAGGAUUCCGGGAGAAUGAAAAGUCUGCUUCAUCGAUUAGACUUCUGUCCAGCAAAUAUAGAAAUCGGGAUUAAUAAGUAAAUCAAUGAAUAAAUGCAUUAAAUUAAUCAUUAAACGAAUUAAUAAGGAAGGAUUUGAAGCAAAAUAAAACAAGAAAGAAAAUGCACCUUUUACGAGAAAGGUAUGUCUUUGUUGUUUUCAGAUAUUCUAUUAGAAGCCGCUCUUUUAAGUCGUCAAAUUCAUCGGCGCUUACAUCCUCUGAAGCAGAGUCUCAAUCGUUUGUGGAUAUACGAAACACAAGCAAGUUAACUGGCAUGAAAGAGAAUAAUCAAGGAGCUGAUUGCAACAUUUUUCAACCCUUGACUGUGUUAUGCAUGAUGUGGUAUUGUGGCUACCAGGCCACUGUUUGGGCUUUGGUAAUGAUCGUAUUGGACAUGACAUUUCCAUACAUGGUGUUUAGUAAGCCCGAGCUGGCUCAUAAACUGUCCACAAGAAUCCCGCGACUUCUUUCACCAGGUAAUAUUAAUAGUUAGUAAAAUCCAACUAGUGGUCUAUCAUCAAUGCUGCGUUCUGAUUGGUUGAGCUACUACUAGGCUAUAUGUUAUAGCCCACUAGUAGCGACAAGCGCGGGCUUUUUGGCGGCAAAAAAGGAUUAAAGUCUAGCUUUAACUAGCUUAAAUUUUUUGUUAUUCUGGAUAUUUUUGACCAACUAGUUGGAUUUUACUAAAACAAUUAUUCGGCCUCAUGAGCUAUUGACUCAGAGCUCAUUCGGGCUCGAGGAAUAAUUGUUAAAUAUUUUAGAUACCAACCUUUACCAGCCAGGAGCGACUACAAAAUCUCCGCAAAGGUCAGCCCGUAAAUAAGAAAUUUAUUGCACCACGGUCGAAAAGGAAAUUCGCCCUUUUUGGGGGCUCAGUAGUGUAGUAUGGAAUACUAUACGACAGAAAUGUAAUAUGAAAAAUUAGAAAAGUCGACUAAGAGCGUAGUCUCUGCAAAACACUGAACUUUUAUCGAUUUGGAACAUCUCAAAGUCAUUAUACAUCGAUCUACAUUCCAAAUUUCAGGCCAGGUCUUCCUGCCAGACAAAGUUCAGCGUCAUCACGCAAUGGAACGGUCACUGAACUGCCAGGAUUCAGGUACUGAUAUAACUAAUAAAAAUGUAAUUCACAAUCACACUAUCGUAAUUCGGCCUCAAUCUGACGUUGAUUUUUCAUGGGCUGCACAGUGCAGUCUAUUAACAGAUUUGAAGUGAGCUUUGUUAAUAAUAGUUAUAAUAGUAUAUUUUGUAUCAUGAUCAAUUAAAAUAAGGAAUCUUUUUGUCGUUUUUGUGGAGAGCAUGAAAGAAACACAAAAAGGACAGGGUCCCAGCGAUCUGUAAAAUUACUUCCAAAGAUUUCAAAAGGCUUUGCGCCUUUCGUUGCCACGUCGAUUAACGUGUUAUGAUUUGAUGUUUUCGUUGAGAUUUUAACUUAUGAAAAGUCUCUUUUUUUUCUCGCAGGUCCCGUAGAAUACUCUUCCUCCAAUUCGUUUGAGUAAGUUUUAUGCUAAACAUAUUUAUCAUGUACUUAGUGGCUGUAUCCGAAAAACGUUCAAUCUUAACACUAAGAGCUUACGUCCUAACAGGAAAGAUCAAACGGAAGUGCUCAACUAGCCCUUGUAAAGGAGAAUAAAAGCAGUCAUUCGUCGUACGCUCUUUUAAGCCCGCGCAUAAUUUGAGUCAUUUUCUGUUAGAUUUAGUUAAGACGGCGACCUAUUUUUUAAAAUGCAGCCUUAAGAAACAUGCUGCUUGCCACUAUUAAAAUACGAUUUGUUUCCUGAUCUUUAGCAAGGACAAAUCCUGCGAUGAAGUACAUGGCCUCCCCUUGGUGACUUCAGAUUGUUUGAGUUCACUUACUCUUACAAAAGAGGAGGAAACUGACCUAGCAGAAUUGAUCGCCAAAGAUUGUUCGUAUAGUAAGUGUUUUCAGUAUUUUUGUUUCGUUUUAAGGGUCUUCUAAGCCGGAUACGAAAAGCGUGGAAUUGAAAACAAGUUUGCUGCAAGCAAGCUUCACAUCAGCUUUCUAAGGGUCCUCUGCUUCCUUAGAUCCUAAACACUCUAAACAACAUGUCUUCCUGCAAGCAACGGAAGCAAACUUCCGUCGUUCAGAGUCGGCUACCUCCUCGUCGCCACAAAAAAGCCUGCUCGCAGAACAACACCAGUAACAAAGGAAGAAAGUCUCCUGAGCUCAUAGGAUGCCGUCCAUUAACAAUGUCGAGUCAAUAAGUUUUUCGUACUGAGCAUUGAAAAUAAUGAGUUGGCAUUUUUAUUUCAUUGACAAAAGUGAAUGGACUAUUCGUUGGAAUAGAAUAAGAAAAUUAAGAUUUCUUUGGUGGCGGCUCCCUUAAGGAAUUUGAAAGAGAAGCUCUGUUAAUUUUGAUCUAAUGAUUUUAGGCAUUCCGUGUACCAGAGUUUAUAUGACCCCGACAGAUUUUAGAUUUGAAUGGUAUGAUUGCUGCCAGGCUACUGUCUGGGCUUUGGAGAUGAUUCUAGUGGAAGAGUUUUCUACGUAUAAGGCGUUUAGGAACCGUCCGGGACAUCUUUCUCCAGGUAAUUUCGUAGUCUAUUUUAUUCGUAUCAAACCUUGCCUAUUUAAUUGUUGUGGUUUCAAAGACUAAGUAGGGGUUAGCUGGGGAAUUAAGUGAAACACAAACGACAGCCACAAAUCUGCAGCCACAAGUCCGUUACAAAUGAAAAGCUAUUCUCGUAGAGAGUUUGAAGCUCCCUAUACAUGUUAUUCAUUUACGACUGAAACUACUUAAGUUAACUCAUCGCAAGGACUAACAACCUAUGGGCGAUGUCAUCCCAAGACACUGUCUCGUGUCCAAAGGAACUUUGGUCUUUAAAAAGUUUCAAGACAAAUGGAAGGCAAUAAUUGAUUCAGUUUAACCUUGGGGAGCAUUUAGGGGAUCUUGAAAGAAAAGCUGUGUUAAUUAAGAGUCCUGCUUUGAUUGAAUGGUUUUAGGUGUUUCAGGUACCAGAGUUUAUACGACGCCGAAAGACUUUAGAUGUGGAUGCUGCGAUGAAUGCCAGGCCACUGUCUGGGCUUUGGAGAUGAUUCUAGUGGAAAAGCUUCCUCCGUAUAAGGCGUUUAGGAACCGUCCGAAACAUCUUUCUCGAGGUAAUUUCAUAAAUCUGUUUUAUUUACCGAUCGCAAUUGCAAGGCCGGACUAAAAACCUAUGGGCGAUGUCAUCCUAUGACAAUGUCUAGUGUCCACAACCGCUUUGGUCCUCAAAAAGACAAAAGAAGAGAAAAAAUAAUUUUUUUAACUUUGGUGGCAGCGUCUUUAGGGAAUCUUGAAAGAAAAGCUGUGUUAAUUAAGAGUCCUAUUUUGAUUGAAUGGUUUUAGGUGUUUUAACAAAGGGGGAAAAGUUUAGCCAUGGAUGGUAUAAUGGCUGCCAGGCCACGGUCUGGGCUUUGGAGAUGAUCGUGGAAAUUCACUAUCCAUAUAUGGUGUGCUGUGAGCUCGAGCAGGCCCGCAAACGGCCUAUCAGAAUCCAGAAACUUCUUACUCCAGGUAAUUUUAUAAAUCUAUUUUAUUUACCAAACGCAAGGACUAAGCACCUAUGGACGAUGUCAUACAAAGACCAUAAAGUACUGUCCACUGUCCUCAGCAACUUUUGUCUUAAAAUUAAUUUUUUUGGUUAUUCAGGGUCAUCGACGUGUUGUAAUCUGGAUCUAAAGUUAUCCCCCUCCAGUGUAGCCUUUUCCAGGUAAGACAGCGGUAAGAUAAUAGCAGCAUGCAUGUUCAAUUAGCGACAAGAUCACGGAGUGUCUGUCUCCUUGAACCUCAUCCCACCAAAGCUACUUGCAAGAACUGACCACUUAAAACGUAGUUUUUCAACAUCAAAUUUCCAAAACUCUCAGAACAGAUAAAACCCGCUCAGUAAGGGUAUUAUAUAAUAAUGAUGUAGCCUUAGAAAACAGCUGACAUUCCACGACGCCACUGUACCACUGGCUUCGACGUCAUUUCGUGGGGAAACCAGUGGUGGCGUCGUGAAAUGUCGGCUGUUUUCUUAGGCUAAUAAUGAUGACGCCUUAAAAAGGACCUUUAGGCUUGCUCUAGAUCAACAGGGCCGCCAAACAAGACUGUUUUUUCCAUGCAAGCGUAUAGCUUUGUAACUGUUAUCUACAUCACUAAAAAGUCAUUGAGUACUUUUUGAGAGACAUACGCUCUUGUUAUUUUCAACAGGAACAAAGUAAAGGACUCUGAAAAGCUGUCAGCUCCAGUCAGUGAAUCUGUGUUAGAGUAUGAGAAAAGUUUUCAAGUUGAAAGCCAAAGGAAAUUUAUUGCAGUUAUUUUUGUCAGCCCUUUAAUACGUAUGUUA